AUGGGGUCCUGGGAUUUUGGCACCAUUAAUCCAGGAAUUUGGAAACCUUUAAUCCAGGAUGAUUCGUAUGAAUACAUACACAUGACGGGCAGUCGGGUGAACAGUCCGACGACCAGGUUUACAUGUCAAGGUCGAGUCUCCGGUUACUACGCAGACGUCGAGACCGGUUGUCAGGUGUACCACAUGUGCGAUGGCCUGGGCCGGCAGUUCAGCUACUCCUGUCCGAACACCACGCUGUUCCAACAGCGCAUGCUCAUCUGUGACCACUGGUAUAUGGUCAACUGCAGCAAUUCAGAGAAUGACUAUGACGCAAACCUUCUCAUAGGUCAAAGAGACAAGCCGUUUGUAUCAGAGGCGGAGAUGCGGCUUCGUACUCCUCGGCCUGACAUCCUGUCGGUUCCACCUAACGAGAAGUACUACGAUGGGCUGAGGGAAGCUGAAUCAAAGUUUCCCAUUCAUCCAGACAACAGCAUAGUUGGACUAUCGGAUUCAAUCCUAAAUUCGAAUGACAAUGAUUUGGACAGUGACAAAAGAAACUACAGACCACCGUCGUCAUGGUCGACGACCUCUACGAAGAAGCGUCCAACAAAUGUUGACAGUGGAAGUUCAAAUACAAACUAUUUCAACAAAGUUAAAGUAAACUUAAAUGAGGAUAAUAACAUAAGGAAAGCAACAACGCAAAAUCCAAAUAAGUCUUCAAGUGUAACUAAUCGCCCAACUAAGAAAGUAAAUCCACCAUCUAAGGAAUUAGUACCACCGCUUUUACCACCAACGACAACCGAAAGUAGCGAUUUUGAAAUUGACAUUAGAAUGAAUACGACACCAGAUCCCGUUUACAAUUUCAUAAAACGCUUCGAUCCAAACUCGCCUGAUUCAAUUAAGACUACGAUGACUAAAACUGAAAUAAUUGAGCUCAAUCAACAUUUACCAGACGGCCAAGUCAGUUCAGAGGAAGAUAGGACACCGAGAAAGAACAAGAACUUCGGAAACAAUUUCAAUGCCCUCCAAGGCGAUGAGAAGAAAGGAACCAGUGUUAGUUCACGGUUUGAUUCGGUAAAUAAAAAACCGAAUCCUGAUUCGAAUAUCGAAUCUUCCAAUGUUCAAAUAGCACAACCAUCUAAGGAGCUCCAACCCCCAAAGUUCGAUAUAACGCCCAUAGCAUCAACAACCAUGGGCCCGCCUAUUUACUAUGAAUGGAAGUGGGCUGUACCAGCAUUUGACUUAGCACCACCCAAAUUCAGGAAUGAAACUAACACGACGACGGCCAAACCAGUGAAGCCAGGAAAGAGACCAUUUAGUGUCAUAACUAGAUCGACACCUAAAGUUAUAGAGCCUACCCCGACUAACACGGAGUAUAAUAUUAGUACGUACUUCGUCCCAGACUACGUGUUCCCUCUAGAUGGAGCCCAUCCAGGGUACAAUGAUGAAGACGCUGAGACUUCAUUCCAGGUCAAGGUAAAUAGACCAGGAAGGGCUAGCUAUGGUGAAAACCCAGCGUGUCCACACUGUCACCCAGCAUACCUUAAGCCUGGUAGCUGUGAACCUUGCAUUGUAAAGCGGUAACAAAUAUGUGCAAUGACUUUCGUCAAUUUAGGUUUUGUGUAUACAAAACAAUUGUCAUUUACAAUAAAUAUAAUUAAGGACAAAUUUUCAUCAAAAUCGUUUAGCAAAAUAAAAUACUGUAUAAAAUGAUUUUACACUUUAUCCUGUACUUUAUUUUGUAUUUUUUUCUUCGUAUAUCUAUAAUACUCUUUAGAGAGGCACAGCAUCGCAUAUGAUAUGUUUUUCAAGAUAACCUUACAAGUCACCAGAGAUUUAUCCUGGACAGCUUUAAUCUUCUUUCAUUGAUAAUAUAUUUAAAAAAAAAUACUUGGACGAAGGAACUUUGUUAA